UUGCGGACGAGGACCGUCUCCGAACUCAGCGCUUGACCGCCGGUGCUGCCGAGGAGGAUGCGCGUGUGCCGUCCACGCUGUCUCGAUGGCGUCCUUUGAAAGCAACAAGGGGAGUCUGCCGGAGGACGGCGAUGAGGGCGAGGAGCUGUCCGGCUGCGCGCUGGCGAUGAUGGAAAGGGAGCGGGAGUCCCUCCUCAGCCCGUCGGAGAGCCCCGGCGCCGCCUUCAGCAGCGGUAGUUCCUCCUCCAGCCUCCAGGCCGCCGCCCCCCUCCUGGGCUACGACGUGGAGUUCGACCCCCCGCUGGAGAGCAAAUACGAGUGCCCCAUCUGCCUCAUGGCUCUGAGGAACGCCAUCCAGACGCCGUGCGGCCACCGCUUCUGCAAGAACUGCAUCGAGAAGUCCAUCCGUGACGCGGGCCAGAGGUGCCCCGUGGACAACGCGCGGCUGUUGGAGAAACAGCUGUUCCCCGACAACUUCGCCAAACGGGAGAUCCUGUCGCUGACCGUCUGCUGCCCGAACGCCGACUGCGAGGAGAAAAUGGAGCUCCGGCAAUUAGAGACUCAUCUGGCGCGUUGCCAGUUUGCCACGGCGCCGUGCCCCCAGUGCCAGCAGUCGGUGAGGACGAGCCGCCUCGAGGAGCACGCGACCGCCGAGUGCCGACGGAGACCGGCGACCUGUCCGGACUGCGGGGCGCACUUCUACUACGAGGAGAGAGAGCUCCACGGGCAGCAGUGUCCCUUCGCCAGCGUGACGUGCCAGUACUGUGGGACGGAUCUCAUCAGAGACCAGAUCGAGUCUCACUGCGACACCGACUGUCCCAAAGCGCCCAUCGCCUGUAACUUCAGCACCUUCGGGUGCAAGGAGCGGAUGCAGCGCCACGACCUGGCGGAGCACAUGCAGGAGUUCACCCAGAUGCACAUGCGCUACAUGGCCGAGUUCCUGCGCGGCCUCAGGCUCGACGGCGCCGCGCACAAGUCCCCGUGGACGCCGGGGCCGUCCGAGGAUCAGGGGGCGAUGGCGGCCUGCGGCGGCGGCGGCUGUGCGCCGACUCAGCCGACGAAGGAGCUCCGGGAGAUGGACGGGCGUCUGGUGAAGCAGGACCACCAGCUGCGGGAGCUCACCAUCCUCAAGGAAACGCAGGCCGGCCAGCUGACGGAGCUCCGGCGCCGCGUGUCCACGCUGGAGGACACGGUGAAGGACCUGGAGUCCCAGCAGUGUCAGGGCGUCUUCGUGUGGCGCCUGCGCGGCUUCUCCGCCCACCUGCGCAGCCAGGAGGCGGGGCUCCCCGUGGUGGAGCACAGCCCCGGCUUCUACACGGGCCGCCCGGGCUACAAGCUGUGCCUGCGGCUGCACCUGCAGACGCCCAGCGCGCCGCGCUGCUCCAACUUCAUCUCGCUGUUCGUGCACACCAUGCAGGGCGCCUUCGACGGGCAGCUGAGCUGGCCCUUCCAGGGCACCAUCCGCCUGGCCAUCCUGGACCAGGGCGGCGAGCAGCAGCACCACGUGGAGGCCAUGGAGACCAAGCCCGACCUGCUGGCCUUCCAGAGGCCCGUCAUCCAGCGCAACCCCAAGGGCUUCGGCUACGUCACCUUCCUCCACCUGCAGCAGCUGAGCCAGAGGGCGUUCGUGAAGGACGACACGCUGCUGGUCCGCUGCGAGGUCACGCCGCGCUUCGACGGCCCGGCGGUGCAGCCCCGGGGGCCCGAGGCCUCGGUGUCGAGGGACUGACGGCAAACGCAGAUCUCUGGCGUCAUCAUCAUCGUCUUCAUCGUCAUGAAUGGACAGCAGGAGGAGAGAAGUGUACGUUCACACACAUUUACAAUUUGGACACUGCAAAGUAUCCUCGUAUUUAUUUGUCUUAAAAAAAGUGAUUUGUUAUUUUUUUUGUUUUAAUAAAUGUAAACGGAACAAUCA